CUGACUGAGUAUUAUCUUUGUUUUACUUUCUGAUUGACUACCCCGUGAAUAGUUAAUUUAAUGAUACAAAACAUACAUCACUAGUGUUCAGACAAUUUACUUAAAAUGGAUGUAGGGGAGUUACUUUCCUUCAAACCUGUGCCGACGCCAAAGAGGCCUACCGAAGAUGACAGUGACUACUCUGAUGAUGACAGUUCCAUAGCGUCAAAGACGCGUCGCAUUAAGAAACCGAAAGUCGAGCCCCACAUGGGAGCAUCGAGUACCAGCCUGCCUAAUGAGCCUUCGAUAACAGAUAAAGAACGAGAAGAUAUCCUUCGAUUUGUUGAAACGGAAGCUACACAGGGUGAAGUACUGGAUGAAAAUGGAGUAAAAAAACUGGUGCUGCUGUUUGAGAAGAAAGCUUUAAGGAAUAGAGAGAUGAGGAUCAAGUUUCCAGACCAACCUGAAAAGUUUAUGGAAAGUGAAAUAGACUUACAUGAAGCAUUGCAGGACCUCAGUGCUGUGGCAACAGUCCCUGAUCAAUAUCCAUUGUUGGUGGAACUGAAAUGUAUAAAUUCCCUGUUGGAGUUGCUAUCUCAUGAUAACACGGAUAUAUCUACCAAGGUGGUCCACCUUUUGCAGGAGCUGUCUGACGUAGACAUUCUUCACGAGAGUGAGGAAGGUGCAGAAGAGUUGGUAAAUGCGCUGGUGGAUGCGGAGGCGCCGUCGCUGCUGCUGCACAACCUCGCGCGCCUUGACGAGCUAAUUCCUGACGAGAGGGAUGCUGUCCAUAACACACUGGCUAUAAUAGAGAACAUGGCCGAAUUCCGACCAGCCAUAUGCGAAGAUGUUGCAAAACAGGGAUUCUUACAAUGGAUACUAAAAAGAUUAAAGAUGAAGGUUCCUUUUGAUGCGAAUAAACUAUACUCGACAGAGAUCUUAUCCAUUCUAUUACAUACUGUACCUGCUAAUCGCAAGCUAUUGGGUGAACUGGAUGGAAUUGACGUGCUCCUACAACAACUGGCGUUCUACAAGCGGCACGACCCGAACGGCGCGGAGGAGCAGGAGGCGAUGGAGAACAUGUUCGACUCGCUGUGCUGCGCGCUCAUGGAGCCCUCCAACCGCGACCGCUUCCUGCGCGGCGAGGGCCUGCAGCUCAUGAACCUCAUGCUCAGGGAAAAGAAAAUGUCACGAAAUGGAUCGCUGAAGGUGCUCAGCCACGCGUUGACGGGCCCGGACGGCCGCGACAACUGUAACAAAUUCGUAGACAUUUUAGGAUUACGCACCGUCUUUCCUUUGUUCAUGAAGACUCCUAAAAAGAAGCGCCUACUGACUGUCGACCAACAUGAAGAGCACGUGGUUUCCAUAAUAUCAUCCAUGCUACGGAAUUGCCAAGGCAGUCAAAGGCAGAGGCUCCUUGCUAAAUUUACUGAAAACGACUACGAAAAAGUCGACAGGCUUCUUGAAUUGCACUUUAAAUAUAUGGACAAGGUGGAUCGCACCGAGAAGGAAAUGGAGCAAGCGGGCGAAGACUUGGCUGACGACGCGCAGUACUUCAAGAGACUCACUGGCGGGCUGUUUACAUUGCAACUAGUCGACAGAAUAAUACUGGAGGUGUGCACUGCCGGCCCGCCGACGAUCAAACAGCGCGUGCAGCGGGUGUUGUCGCUGCGUGGCGGCUCCUUGAAGAUUAUCCGGCACGUCAUGAGAGAGUACGCGGGCAACCUGGGCGACGCGGGCGCGGGCGCGGACGAAGCGGAGUACUUGCGCCAGGAACAGCAACAUGUUCUGCAGUUAGUUGAUAAGUUCUAAUGUAACGCCACAUGGCUUAGCUA